GAAAAUGUUAAAUACAACCACGACACAUGGUGUACUUGCAGUCUUGGUUUGAAAAUCAAAUUGUGAUUGGUUAAAAUUAAUUCAAACAAUAUUUAAUAACGUAAUCAUAAAAAGAAUUAGACAGCAGACUACGUCAUUCAGGUACAUUGUACAAGGCAAUGCCCACAUAACGAUAGAAGUGAAAAUUACAUACAUUGUAUAUAAUGAUGUUUCCAUAUAUAUGAAGUUACAAGAUUAUAAUAAGAACAUUUUUCGCUUUGGCCUACAAUUCUGACACAUAGGUGUAUUAAUUAAUGCAUACUAUCUUGACAUACAUGUACAUGUAUUACAGUGUUAAAAUGAACUCCAAACUGAUUUACCACAUUGCUCUACAUCACUAUGCAUUUAGUUUUUCUUACAUAUGUGUGGUUCUAAAGAAGAUUUUUGAAAAUUGGUCGAUUUUUGGCAGUUUUUGUCCCGACCCUAAGGCCCCAAUGUUUCAAGAGUCUUGAAAUUUACCAUUUAUGAGCCCGUUGUCCUAAAGAAUUGGAAUUGUUGUUAUCAAGAAGAAGUAAAAAAUGUUUAAUUGUUAACGCACGACGACAACCAAUUGCAAUAGGUCACCUGAAUAAACUCAGGUGACCUAAAAAAUUUGAUAUAAAAUAUGAAUUAAUGGAAUAAAAAUAUUAAGUGAAAUAAUAAUGAUUAUAUGAAAUUGUUUUUACCAUCUAUGAUGUUUGACAGACAUGAGCAAAACGGCGUAAUGAUAAUUUCUAUGAAAAAUUUAGACAUUUGUAGACUUCCUAUUUCCACAGAUCAAGGUAACAUUUUAAUGUAAGUUCUAAAUCACUACUGAAACCACUACGUCACUUUUUUAUAAUGAAGAGAUACGUAAGUUUUAAUCCACUAGAACAGUUCCCCAUAGAUGUGGUUGUAAUUCUAUUUUUCAGCAUGGUAUAGGAUACGUAUUCACUUUUUGGAGAAAUAUGGAAAUUUAUGAGACCCCCAACAACAAAAAUAAAACAUACAUUGCAAGUCAGUCGAACAUUAGACAGCAAUUGGUUCAUCUUCAAGCAGUCGUCAUGAAAAUCGAACGUCUAUGAUAGAGGUCCUGUGUUAAAACGCUCUUUUAAUUAGUCCCCUACUGGUUUGUAAAACCAAAGGCGACUACAGUUUUCUUCCCCAUCUCUCCGUCCGUCCCUCUGUCUGACUGUCCCAUUGGUGGUCCCAUUGGUGCUUGCGAGGAUUCGUUUGAAACUUGCAGUGUAGUUUCUGAGUGGUACACUACAGAUUAAGUUCGAAUUUCGUAACAUUUAAUGGGCAGGUGUAAAAGAAAAUAAUUUGUAUAUAGUUACGUUUUUAUAUUUAUCGGGAUCUUGUUCCGAUGAAAAUGUCAUCUGAAUCCAUGUAGAGGGAGUCGAUGAAACUCGGUCGCUGAUUUUGUAUAUAGUCGUUUCAUUAAUAUAACAUUUCAAGCUCAUUAAUCGCAAAAAGAACAGUUCAAUGAAAAUAUAUAUUAAAUCUGUCAAUCACGGGAGUAUUUUUUCUGUAGACGGUGAGCGAAGUCGGAUCAGUCGAUAGUACUCAAUUUACUGUAAUAGAAAUCGCAAGUAGACCUAUUCGUAAUUGGCCUUUGAACAGUUGGUAGCAAGUAGUAUUACAAAGUCACUUAUUCGACUGAAACAAUUUUUUUAUACAAAGCUCAGAGCUUUUCUUUUAUAGUGUUUUUUUUAUUAGAUCAAUUUAUUAUUUUAAAUCAUGAUGGAUAGUUUACUUAAAAAAUAAAAUGUAGGUAUUUUAAAUAUGAUCACAAGAGACAUAGAUAACAGCACAUUUGUCUUCAUGGUUCACGAAAAACGCUUUAUUGACUGCUCUUGACACUUCAGAAAUUCUCCUAAGACUCGGCGGGUAGCACAAAUGUAAAUACAUAGAAAUUAGAUCUUUGUAUGGGUUAAAAACAUUUUCUCACUUUAGAUGGCAGAUCUUUUAGGAAACCACAACGGCUACCAUUUCUCUGCUUAAUAUUUACUUUUCAGUAGAGUUAGAAAAAACAUUCUUUCGCCAAAAUUAAAUAAUCGAUUCCUCAAUGGAAUUGGCAAAUAUUAACGCUUGUUAGUUGUGUCUUCAAAGUAAUUUAAGUAAAACAUAUUUUCGUAAAAAAAUGGAUAAUGUUCAUCUCUUCUGUUACAGAAAAUGUGAAUAAAAUCUCGUUGGUAUAACGAUAGUUCUUAAUUUAUAGGAAAAUCCAGUGUGACACGAUCAAAAGAGCUAUAGUCACACAGGAGCUUUUAUCUAGGGACUUGAAAAUAAUCAAACACCGAUAUUUUAAAUUGAUUGCAUGUCAUUGAAUACAAAAAAAGACCUAAAUAGCUUUAAAGAUGCUCCGAAGCACAUGUUCAAUUAUGCCCGUUUGUGGAGGUUUGUUUUCAAGGUCUGACUUGCAAAAUGCACAUUCAUGGGAACGCAAAAUAGAGAUAACAUUACUAGUUGAAGAAUACCCUUUUUCACAAAAGAUAGUGCAGGCUGAGUAGGCGUUGAUUGGCUAUGCCUUAUCUAAAACAUGACAUCAAACGCGUACUGUAUUUUCAAUCUUCCAAAUUCACAACAGCAACACGUGGGAUUACGAGUCAUGGUUGUGUUUAUUCUUGGCUUGAUUUUUUUGUCUUGUGGUGUCUGUGCAUCUGACGAGUGUGGUAAAGAUGAAGACUGUGCCGUUUUGGGUUGGAGAGAAUGGGGUAAUUGUCAAGGAAGCUGUGGAAUAAAUGCCACUCAAGUCCGCAAAAGGACGAUAUGUAUAGAUCCCGCCACAGUUCAGCCUCUCACAAGAGAACACGUGAUUGAAUAUUGUAACAUCACGCAGAUUACUAAAGAGACUAGACCUUGCCAAGAGUGUUCCCAAGGCGCGAAUCAUAUAACAACUGGAAGAAAUUUGGUGAAAUGCAGCGAUAACCCUUGUGUACAUGGUGCAUGCAGGGACACACCGCACGGCUUCCGGUGCACAUGUCCCCCGGAUUAUACCGGAUUGGACUGUGGAACACUAAAGCCGGCGACAACAUCCACAGCAAAGCCGGCGACAACAUCCACAGCAAAACCGGCGACAACAUCCACAGCGAAACCGGCGACAACAUCCACAGCAAAACCGGCAACAAGCUCUGGUAUACGAUGCAGUUCAAAUCCGUGCCUGAAAGGUUCGUGUGCUGACACGGCCAUUGGGUAUGCCUGUAUCUGUGAGCCAUCAUACACAGGCCAGAACUGUGAUACGCUGCUUGAAACCGAGACAUCAACAUUAUACGAAUUCCCAGACUGGUUUCCCUACCUGGAGUAUGCAUUGUUAACCAUGAUAUCGAUGACUGUUUUAAUGGCGGCCGGAUGCGUUUGCCUCAAAUGUUGCCAGUUUUGUGGUUGUGACUCUUCCGAUGAUGACACGGAAGAAAACAAAAGAAUGCAAAGAAUAUCAAAAUUCCACCGACAAAGACCUAGGAAGUUGUCUCCCCUUGAAUUUUGAUAUAGCAUUUGCAAUUCUUCUAAAGAUUUUAGUUCAUUAUACUUGUAAAGAUUGUAAACUAAACAUUAAUCUAUUUAAUUGUGACUUCUUUUAUCCUCACUUCCUGGAUGGUUUCGUUAUAUAUACUCUGCAAAUACAGUCUGACCCUGUAUCAAUUUUGUCGACUGUAAAGUUUUUAAAUUAUUUUUGUAUGCCCAAUAGAUCGAAAAAUCAAGGAGCAUAUUGUAUUUCGCCUUUAACCUUGCACAUAAUUUUGAAUAUGCAUUUCUUAUGGCUAAACCUUUCCUUUGGCAUCAAUGUUUUAUUUUUGACGUUGGGGUUUCAUAUUCCUUAUGACAAGACCAUUUCUUUUCUUGUUGCAAUCGGGAGCACAGUCUUUUAUAAAUCUUGUUUGUUAUAAAAAAUUUUGCUUUGAAAUGUCAUGGAACCUGGGUAUUACUCCAGCAAGUAAUGGUGGCGAUAGAGGUCAUCUUCCACAAUUUGUGGAGGCGGUUACGGAAUCUACAAUUGAACACUCUCAGCUAUCCAUUGGUUUCUUACAAACUUUCAUCCGUCAUCUAAAAGACAAUCCAUAUUAAAGCCGUGUAAAAACUUAAAAUAACGGAUAGGGUUAUAGGUUCCACAGCAUUUGUGUGUUAGCCAAAGACAACAUGAAUUAUUUUAACUCCUUUUAAAUACAUGUAUAUACAGUAUCUAAUGAAUAUUCUACAGCCAUUG